CCCCCCCACGCACCCGCCCCGUGAGAGAGGGAGGGGCAAGAUGGCGGCGCCGCGGGGGAGCCUGUCGGGGCUGGGUCUUGUUCUGCUGCUCCUGAUCUGCGGGAGGGGCUGGGCUGCCGCGGGCUCCUCCGAGGCCUUUGACUCGGCGCUGGGGAGCACGGCGUCGUGUCACCGGGCCUGUCAGCUGACUUACCCCCUGCACACCUACCCCAAGGAAGAGGAACUGUAUGCAUGUCAGCGAGGCUGCAGACUGUUUUCUAUUUGUCAGUUUGUGGAUGAUGGAAUUGACUUGAAUCGUACCAAACUGGAAUGCGACUCUGCCUGUACUGAAGCAUAUUCCCAGUCUGAUGAACAAUAUGCUUGCCAUCUUGGGUGCCAGAAUCAGCAGCCAUUUGCUGAACUGAGACAAGAGCAAUUAAUGUCCCUGAUGCCAAGGAUUCAUCUCCUUUUCCCUCUGACACUGGUGAGAUCAUUCUGGAGUGACAUGAUGGACUCAGCACAGAGCUUCAUAACUUCCUCAUGGACCUUCUACCUUCAAGCAGAUGAUGGCAAAAUAGUUAUAUUCCAGUCAAAGCCAGAAGUUCAAUAUAUUCCACAGGACACCACAGAUCUGAAAGAAUCGUUGUUGAGCAAAACAUCUGCAGACCUACAGCCAGGAGGUUCACAGACACACAGAGGAUUUUUUGAAGAGGAGGAAAGCAAUAGCUUUUUCAAAUGUCUUUCUAUAAAUUCUGGUUGGAUUUUAACUACUACACUUGUUCUCUCCGUACUGGUGCUACUCUGGAUUUGUUGUGCUACUGUUGCUACAGCUGUACAGCAGUAUGUUCCCUCUGAGAAGCUGAGCAUCUAUGGAGACUUGGAGUACGUGAAUGAAAAACUGACCAGAUACCCAGCUUCUGCUCUUGUUGUUGUUCGAUGCAAGACUGAUGAACAUGAAGAAGCAGGACCUCUACCCACAAAAGUUAAUCUGGCUCAUUCAGCAAUUUAAAUAGUUUAAAAGAAUUUAAUAGACUAAUUCUAGCACUUCUAUCAACUCCUGGUGUUUUUUUAUGGUUUCUUCAGCUGCGGGGCUUAGCGGUCAGUGUUUAAAUGAAAAUAAAGUUACAGAAUCAACAAAUCAGUCUGUCAUGGAAUCCUUGUUUUCCUCUAGUAGUGAAGAGAAUUGCACGUUUAACUUGCAGUUUUUUUCCAAAUAUAUGUAAUU